AUGGGUUGUAACAUCAUUACGUCGCUGGUGGGGUUUGCGUUCGCGCCGAUACUAAACGGGGCCGUUGGCACGUUAAUUGAUUUAGCGAACCCAGUCAAAAUUUUCAACGAGGUGUACGAGGACGGGGAUAUUGUCAAGUUCCUGGCUGGAGACGCAGCCACUGGUACUUUGAAGUCAGUUGUCCAGUAG